GCAAAAUCUCGUCGGUACUGAGAGCUAAAUUUCAAGAUGUCUGCGCCCAGAGAUCACCUGUCAACUGUAAAACAUGUUAUAUUGGUAUUAUCAGGGAAAGGAGGAGUGGGAAAAAGUACUGUAGCUACACAAAUAGCAUUAAGUUUACGUGAUGCUGGUCACAAAGUUGGUAUAUUGGACGUAGAUUUAUGUGGACCAAGUAUUCCGAAAAUGUUUAAUGUUUCCAAUCAAGAUAUUCACCAGUGUCCUGAAGGCUGGUUACCAGUAUUUGUAGAUAAAGAACAGACACUAGGUAUUAUGUCAAUAUCGUUUUUACUGGACAAUCAAAAUGAUGCAGUUGUAUGGAGAGGACCAAAGAAAACAGCAAUGAUCAAACAGUUUUUAAAUGAUGUAUAUUGGAAAGACAUGGAUUAUUUGAUAAUAGACACACCCCCUGGAACAUCAGAUGAACAUAUAACAGUCAUGGAGAAUUUAAAACAGUAUAAUCCUGAUGGUGCCAUACUCGUCACAACACCACAGGCUGUUGCCGUGGGUGAUGUUAGAAGAGAAUUAACGUUCUGUAGGAAGACAAGGAUUCCAGUAAUUGGUAUUAUAGAGAACAUGAGUGGAUUUGUCUGUCCACAUUGUUCAGAAUGUACAAAUAUAUUUUCUAAAGGUGGUGGAGAAGCAUUAGCUAAACAAUCAGAAGUUCCUUUCUUGGGUUGUAUUCCUCUAGAUCCUCAGUUAACUCAGAGUUUGGAAGAAGGACAAAGUUUCGCCGAUAAGUGUUCAUCUUCUCCGACAAUGGCAGCAAUAAACAAACUGGUCAAAAAAUUAAUGGCAAUCGAUCGAGAUUUACCCUAAAUAUAAAAAUGUGAAUGGAUCAUUUCACGGUUUCUUGUCAAAAAUCAUCAUUUGAGCUAAUUAAAACCUUGGACCCUAUUUAUAUAGAUUAUAGGCCCCAUGAUAAAACCAGUCAUUAAGUUUGUCAAUAGAAUCGUGGACCCUAUUUAUCAACUUGGGACCAUGAUAAACUCAGUCAUUCAGUGCUAAACAAAAUUGUGGACACUAUUUAUGAAUUAGGGACCUAGAUAAAAGCAAUCAUGUAGUGCUAAACACAAAAUUGUGGACACUAUUUAUGAAUUAGAGACCUAGAUAAAACUAAUUAUGGCAGUGAUAAAUAAAACCAUUGACCCUAUUUAUAGAUUAUAGGGUCCAUGGUAAGACCAGUCAUAGCAUGUGGUAAAUCAAACCGUGGACCAUAUUUAUAGGUUAUAGGGUCCACCAAACCGUGGUCCAUAUUUAUACAGUAUAGGGUCCAUAAUAAAACCAAUCAUGUGCACUUCCAGACAAAAACUAAGAUACUUUCCACUUCAUGGGAUAAUUUUACACUGGACUCCAAGCUGGGAGAUUAUCUUAGACUGGAAUCCAAACUGGGAGAUUAUCUUAGACUGGAUUCCAAGCUGGAAGAUUAUCUUUAGACUGGAAUCCAAGCUGGACGAUUAUCUUUAGACUGGACUCCAAGCUGGAUGAUUAUCUAGAGAUGAUAUUUGAUUACAUUUUACCAUGGAUUAAGUCGUGGAAAAUUUGAUAUUCUCUGAAAAAUGUACAAUUAGGUUGAAUGACUUGAGUUGUUGAAAUUUUAUGAAACGUUUCUUAUUUUGUUUAUUAUCUUGUUGCAGUUCUAAUGUUGAAUUAUGUUAAAGUCUCGAAUGGCCAUUCAAAGGACUUUGAAUCAUUUGCAUAUUAGGAUUUUGGGAAAGUUGAAUCUCCAAAAGUAACAUCAGUCCAGAUAUGGUUCAAUUCCGUUCAUUAAAGUCUUCUGCUUCUGAUUAAAUAAAAAAAAAUGGAUAAUCGAGACUAUGUUUUUUAUCGUACCGACUUAAAUAAUGAUGAUCAAGGCUAGGCUCAAAAUUCAAUCGCCAAAUACUUGAUUCAGGGUGGAUCAAUUUGACUGAAAUUUUCAGCAAAUUCCCUUUACAUUAUCUAGUUUCAAACUAUGAAUGAAAGUUGAGCAGCUAAUCGGAUCCUAAUCCAGUAAAUAUCGCUGGCUAGCGAUGCUAUCUAGAGUUGAUUAUGGUCUGGAUAAGUUAAUUAAUGUCUAAUUAAUAAUUUAGAUAACAUUUCAGGCCUGAAGAAAGACUUGCAAUAGGCAGAUUAAUAUUGUGGAUUAAUCUGAGAAAAGUUGGGGGGUUUGAUGGCCGAAUGGUUAGCAUGUGCGUGCUGUAUCAUAAGGCCUGUCAUUGAGUCAACUGACAUGUUUUUGUUUCCCCGGUUGUAUGUGACAAGGAGUAGGAUCGUCUGUCCAUCCUCAUGGGUUUUCACCUGGUUCUCCGGUUUUCUCCCACUGCUAAGGACCCCUACGUGCAAGCGAAUAAAUGAAAUAAAAUAUGUUAGUCCCGAAAUGACCUAGUUUGUGUCGAGCGGAUGUUAAACCCCAUUUCUCUCUCUAUCUCCAAACAAUGUAUACUUGGAAUCAGUGACUAACAUUUUCUGUUUAAUUUUAAUAUGUGUUUUUGUUCAUUUAUUGCCAUGUUGGAUUUCUGUAUAAUUGAUGUUGAAUUAUUAAUGUAAAAUAAUUAAAGAUACUGGAGCCAAUCAUCCAUUUGUUGGACGAUAUUAAAUUUUCACGACUUCAUCCACAUGAAAAUGUUCUCGUAUUAAUAAUUUAAAAUCUAAUUAGGAAACCAAAAUGUCACCAGUACGCUUGGAUUCAGUUGGAAUAACAAGAGGCUGAUCAAGAGAUUUACCCAACAGUAGGUGGCACUGGUUUCUUUAUAUCGUCAACAGAGGAUGUCGAAUGUUGAACAAAUUUUCAUUUUAUCAUAACUUUGUAAAUACAGAUGUUUAGAGAUUCAACUUUCACAAUAUUGUAUUUUGGAAGGGAUUCCUCAAUCAUUCAGAUGAAGGAUCCAUGGCCUUAAAUUCCCAAAAAAUAAACAACAGUUCUAUGGAUAAUAAUUACUGUAUUUCUAUUAAAGCUACGUUUCAACAAUGAUUCUCUUGUCGUUAUCAAGCACAAAAUAUAUAUACUAUGUACAAUCUUAACAUUAAUGAAACCACUUAGGACAGUGACCCUUUGUUGAAACAUAGCUUUAAUGGAAAUACAGUAAUUUUUAUCCAUAGAACUGUUUAUUUUAAUGUGUUUACUUACUAAAUGCCAUUCAAAGAUUGGAUAACCAUGAAAUGACCUAUAUAUUGGACUGUUGUCACAGGUAAUGGGUUAAUACCAAAUAUAUGAAAUUCUAUGCACACUGAUAUUAAUUAAUUAUUGAGUAGUUUAGUCAUUUAGUUGCUCUAUGGUAGUUGAUGAUUAUCAUCUGGGAUAUACUGAUGAAUAUAUCACCUGGGAUAUACUGAUGUUUAUCACCUGGGGUAUAUUGAUGUUUAUAUCACCUGGGAUAUAUUGAUGUUUAUUACCUGGAGUAUAUUGAUGUUUAUAUCACCUGGGGAAUAUUGAUGAUUAUCACCUGGGAUAUGUUGAUGUUUAUAUCACCUGGAGUAUACUAAUGUUUAUCACCUGGGACAUAGUGAUGAUUAUCACCUGGGGUAUAUUAGUUUUUAUCACCUGCGAUAUAUUGAUGUUUAUUACCUGGGUUAUAGUGAUGUUUAUCACCGGGGGUAUAUUGAUGUUUAUCACAUGCGGGUAUAUGGAUGAUUAUAUCACCUGGGGUAUAUUGAUGUUUAUCACCUGGGGUAUAUUGAUGAAUUAUCACCUGGGGUAUAUUGAUGCUUAUCACCUGGGGUAUAUUGAUAAGCACAAAUAUUAAAAGCAAUAAUGAAAUAAUUUUCUGUGGCCAAAUCAAUUAAAAAAUUUAUUCUUCAGGAACAUCUGUUAAUAGUUUUGUUUUGUAUUUCUUCCGGCAAAAAAACCUUAAACUCAAGUGGACUAUUCAUUGAAGGGAGGGGGUUGAAUGGUUAACGCGUGUGCGUGGUUGCGAUUCCCUGCUUGUACGUGACAAGAAGUAGGGUUCACCUGUUCAACCUCGUGGGAUAUCUGCGGGUCUUUCGGUUUCCUCCCACUGCUAAAGAAAAUACGUGCACGCGAAUUAUUGAAAUGUUAUUCCCGAAAUGACCUAAUUUGUGUCAAGUGAGGUUAUCAACUCACUAUUAUACGAUCAUAGGUAUCAUUCUCACACUUAAAAACCAUUCACCCCGGAAAUAAUAACACAAUUACCUCCCUUGUUUUCCUAUUCCCUGUUUAUAGAUACCAUCUUUUUUAGGGCUUUAUUUUAAUACAUUUUAAAAAUAUAACUUAAAAAUAUGAAAUUGUAACUUAAAGAAUUAAAAUUUAAAUUGAUUUGGCCUGUUGUCCAGUUUAAAUAUUCAAGAAUUUAUUUUUAAAAUGUUGUUCUUAAUUUCAAAUUGUUUCAUUGGUUGUUAAAACAUUAAGAUAAUUAAACAUUGAUAAAAAAAAACUUUAAAAGAUGUUUUCAUAAAUAGUUUUAUACACGACCAGAUUAUGUUUAGGCUUGAUAGGGGUGUCGGAUGGUCAAAUAGUUAGCACAUGUGUGCUAUGUCAUAAGGCCUGUCACUGAGUCAACUGGGGUUGUUUCGAUUCCCCGGUUGUAUGUCCAACCUCGUGGGUUUUCUCCAGGACCUCCGGUUUCCUCCCACUGCUAAAGACCCCUACGUGCAAGUGAAUUAUUGAAAUAAAAUUAAAGGAGCUAAAUCGCUAACAUUUGGGACCUAGAAAUUCACAAAAGUGGGUCGCAACGCAUAUA